AUGACGAACAAGUGGUUGCUAUGGCUGACCCUGUCUGCCAUCGCCGCCGCUUGGCACAGCGAGGCAAAGUCUGCGGUGAACAUGUUCUCUUCCAUGUCCCAGAUGUCUGGAAAAAUAAAAGGUGUGAGUCCCAUCCACAAUGGCCAGGUUUGCAGUACAUGGGGAAACUUCCACUUCAAGGCCUUUGAUGGGGACGUUUUCCAGUUGCCCUCCACCUGCAACUACGUCCUGACCUCUUCAUGCAGGAGCAGCUACAGCGACUUCAACAUCCAGAUAAGAAGAGAGGAGAUUAAAGGCCAUCCCGUCAUCAAGCACAUCAUGAUGAAGCUGGACGGUUCAGUGGUGGAGCUCUCAAAUGGUUCAGUGGUCGUUGAUGGGAAAGAAGCCAGUUUACCGUUCAGUCACUCAGGAGUGUUUAUUGAAAAAACUCCCACCUACAUCAAAAUCAAAGCAAAUUUGGGAUUGUUUGCUACCUGGAACGAGGAGGACUCUUUUCUGGUGGAGCUAGAUGAGAAAUACAGGAACCAAACGUGUGGUCUCUGUGGAGACUUUAAUGGGCUCCAGCUAUACAACGAGUUCUACAGUCACGGUGUACAAAUUUCCCAUGUGGAUUUUGCCAACUUCUGGAAAAUGGACGGUCCAACUGAGAGCUGCUCCGACUACACACAGGAACCAAUAAAGAGCUGCAAGGACAUGAAACCUCUGUGUGAGCAAAUCCUCACGGGGCCGGCCUUCAACAGCUGUCACAGUCUGCUGGAUGUUGAAGCCUUCACCUCUGCCUGCACCACUGACCUCUGCCAAUGCGGCAACAGCACAGAUGAACAUGCAGACCCUUUCUGCCUGUGUAACACUGUGUCAGAGUUCUCCAGACAGUGCGUCCAUGCUGGUGGCAAGCCCCACAACUGGAGGACCCAAGAGCUCUGCUGGAAGUUAUGUCCUCUCAAUAUGGAGCACAAGGAGUGUGGAAGUCCCUGUGCUGAUACCUGCUCCAACCCAGAGGCCAGCCACACCUGUGACAACCACUGUAUCGAUGGAUGCUUCUGCCCCGCAGGCAUGGUGCUGGAUGAUUUAAACAACAAAGGUUGUGUUCCACUGAGCAAGUGCUCCUGCAGCUACAACAGCAAGAUCUACGGACCUGGAGAGUCCUACUCCAGUAACUGCAAAAAAUGUGUUUGUGAGAGUGGUGAGUGGACGUGUGCGGAGGAGAACUGCCCAGGAACCUGCUCUGUGGAGGGAGGAGCUCACGUCAACACCUUUGAUGGAAAAGACUACACCUUCCAUGGGGACUGCUCCUACAUUCUGGCUAAGGACUGCAAUGGAACCCAGUUUGUGGUACAGGGAGAACUGGCACAGUGCGGACUUACUGACAGUGAAACCUGCCUCAAGUCUGUUACUCUAGGACUGUCUGGAGCGACCAAUGUGAUCACCAUCCAGCCCAGUGGCAAGGUCUUUGUGAACGGCAUCUACGCUCAGUUACCAUUUUCUGCUGUCGGGAUCUCGGCCUUCAGAGCAUCUUCUUUCUACCUGCUGGUCCAGACGUCUGUCGGCAUUCUGCUGGAAGUGCAGCUUCAGCCAAUCAUGCAGCUCUACAUUAGAGUGGGCAGUGACUACAGGGACAAGACCUGUGGUCUGUGUGGGAACUUCAACAAUAACCAAGCUGACGACUUCCUGAAGCUCAGUGGUGUUCCAGAAUCCACAGCAGCUGGAUUUGUCAACAGCUGGAAGACACAUGGCAGUUGUAGAGAUAUUAAGAGGAGCUUUGACAACCCCUGCAGUCUUAGUCUGGACAAUGAAAAGUACGCUGUGCACUGGUGCUCCAUGCUGAGUGAUCCUCAGGGAGUGUUUGCCCCAUGCCACCAAGAGAUCAGUCCUGACUCUUACAAAGAGAACUGCAUGUAUGACAGCUGUAACUGUGAGAAAAGCGAGGAGUGCAUGUGUGCUGCAGUCUCUUCUUAUGUGCAUGCCUGUGCAUCUGCAGGGAUCCAGAUCAAUGGCUGGAGGAAGACCAUCUGUGGGAAAUAUGCCAGCUCCUGCCCGAGCAGCAUGGUCUACUCCUACAACAUCACGGCCAGCAGUCGCACCUGCCGCUGCCUCAGCACCACAGAUCUCAGCUGCCACCUCUCCUUCCCACCCAUCGACGGCUGUAUCUGUGCAGAGGAAACCUACCUGGAUGACUCUGGGAAGUGUGUCCCAUCUAAGGCCUGUCCCUGUUACGACAAAGGCUCUGUGGUGUCUCCUGGAGAGGUGGUCAACAAGGAUGGAGUCAUGUGCACCUGUAAGAAGGGCAAACUCAGCUGCAUUGGAGAAAUACAAUCAGGAACCUGUGCUCCUCCCAUGGCGUUCUUCAACUGCUCUGCUAAUGGUCCCGCUGCAAAAGGAACUGAGUGUGAGAUGAGCUGCAACACAUUAGACAUGGCCUGUAUGACCACAGGGUGUGUCUCUGGCUGCAUGUGUCCACCUGGGUUGGUAUCUGAUGGUAAAGGACGCUGCAUCAAGCCAGAGGCCUGUCUCUGUGAUCACAAUGGGAUCUCCUACCAGCCUGGAGAGACCACCAGGGUGGACUGCAACACCUGCACUUGUAAAGACAGAAAGUGGAUCUGUACAACCAAUCAGUGUGAUGGGACUUGCUCUGUGUAUGGUGCUGGACACUACAUGACCUUUGAUCAGAAGCGCUUCACCUUUGAUGGCAGCUGUGAAUACGUUCUCACUCAGGACUACUGUGGCAGCGCUCAGAGUAAUGGAACUUUCAGGGUGAUCACUGAGAAUGUUCCGUGUGGAACCACAGGAACCACCUGCUCUAAGACCAUCAAGAUCUUUCUGGAGAGUGCAGAACUGAUUCUAACAGAAGGAAACUACAGGUUGCUUUCAAGUGGAAAUGAAGAGGCACCUCCAUUCCGUUAUAGCACUAUGGGUAACUACCUCGUAAUUGAAGCCAACAAUGGACUCAUUCUCAUGUGGGACAGGAAAACCACCUUGUUCAUCAAGCUCAGCCCAAAAUAUAAGGGUCGGGUGUGUGGGCUUUGUGGCAGCUAUGACAACAAUGCAAAUAACGACUUCACUACAAGGUGCCAUGCAACGGUUGUCAGCCCACUGGUGUUUGGCAACAGCUGGAAGGAUUUACCAAGCUGCCCUGAUGCUCAGAGCAUUAACAGCCCCUGCACAGACAACCCAUACAGACAGUCGUGGGCCCAGAAACAGUGCAGCAUCAUACAGAGUGACGUCUUCUCCACCUGCCAUUCUAUUGUGGAUCCUACUCCAUACUAUGAAGCAUGUGUGUUCGACUCAUGUGCUUGUGACACUGGUGGAGACUGCGAGUGUUUCUGCACUGCUGUGGCUGCUUAUGCUGAAUCGUGUAAUCAAGCUGGUGUCUGUCUACGAUGGAGAACCCCUAAAAUCUGCCCUCUCUUCUGUGAUUACUACAAUCCCCCUGGUGAAUGUGAAUGGCACUACAUGCCUUGUGGAUCUCCUUGUAUGAAAACCUGCCGGAACCCUUCAGGCAGCUGCUCCACACAGAUACCUCCUCUUGAAGGUUGCUAUCCCAAGUGUCCCACUGCUCAGUCAUACUUUGAUGAGGAUACAAUGACAUGUGUCGUAAAAGAACAAUGUGGCUGCUAUGAUAAAGAGGGGAAACACUAUGAUAACGGUGAAAAAGUGCCAACAACCAAAAACUGUUAUACAUGCUUCCCCACACUGGGAACUCCAGGAGGAGACGACGAAACUUAUGAAAAGAUUAGAAGGGCUGGACACAAGAUAUGUGAUAAGCCAAGUCAAAUCAAAUGCAGAGCUGAAAAAUUUCCUAAUGUCACAAUUGACAAUGUGGGACAGAUUGUGGAAUGUAAUAUAGCUAAGGGGCUGAUGUGCAGAAAUGAAGACCAGUCGGGGCCAUUGGCCUUGUGCUUUAACUACCAAGUCAGAGUUCUGUGUUCCUUACCAACUGUAUCAUCAUCUACUACAACUAAAAUGCCCCUAAAGACAACUAAAAAAACUACGACUCAUCGACCUAAAACUACUACUUUAACCACAACACCUACUACCACAACUGAAACCACAACAACCGAGAAACCUACAACUACUACUACAUCCACCCCAACGACCACAACUGAAACAAGAACAACCCAGACACGUACAACAACUACUACGACCACCACCCCGACCACUACAACUGAAACAACAACUCAGCCACCAACAACAACUACUGCAACCACCACCCCUACCACUACAACUGAAACAACAACUCGGCCAAUUACAACAACUACUGCAACCACCACCCCUACCUCUACAACUGAAACAACAACUCGGCCAAUUACAACUACUUCAACCACCACAGAAACAACUACCACCACCAGGGCACCUACAGCUGGACCAUGCCCUGGGGGACAUGAUAUGAAAUGUGUUUGGUCAAAUUGGAUCAAUCUUGGUGAGCCCACACCAGGCCCUAGUGGUGGGGAUGAUGAAUCCAUCCAGAAAGUAAUCUCUGCUGGUUAUCACAUUUGCUCAGCUCCAGAAGAAGUCCAGUGCAGAGCCAUCAUUUACCCCCAUCUUGCCAUCUCCAAUGUGGGACAAGCUGUGACUUGCAAUAAGAAUGUGGGUCUUAUAUGCAACAACAAACAACAAGGACUUCAGAAAGAGUGUUUCGAUUAUGAGAUUAAAUUCAAAUGUUGUGAGUGUCCAACACCUUCUACUGUAAAACCAAGUACUAUACCUGCUACUACUUCAACCGCAACACCUACUACCACAACUGCAACAACAACUCAGCCACCAACAACUACUACUACGACCACAACCCCUACCACUACAACUGAAACAACAACUCAGCCACCAACAAGAACUACUGCAACCACCACCCCUACCACUACAACUGAAACAACAACUCAGCCACCAACAACAACUACUGCAACCACCACCCCUACCACUACAACUGAAACAACAACUCAGCCACCAACAACUACUACUACGACCACCACCCCGACCUCUACAACUGAAACAACAACUCGGCCAAUUACAACUACUUCAACCACCACAGAAACAACUACCACCACCAGGGCACCUACAGCUGGACCAUGCCCUGGGGGACAUGAUAUGAAAUGUGUUUGGUCAAAUUGGAUCAAUCUUGGUGAGCCCACACCAGGCCCUAGUGGUGGGGAUGAUGAAUCCAUCCAGAAAGUAAUCUCUGCUGGUUAUCACAUUUGCUCAGCUCCAGAAGAAGUCCAGUGCAGAGCCAUCAUUUACCCCCAUCUUGCCAUCUCCAAUGUGGGACAAGCUGUGACUUGCAAUAAGAAUGUGGGUCUUAUAUGCAACAACAAACAACAAGGACUUCAGAAAGAGUGUUUUGAUUAUGAGAUUAAAUUCAAAUGUUGUGAGUGUCCAACGCCUUCUACUGUAAAACCAAGUACUAUACCUGCUACUACUUCAACCGCAACACCUACUACCACAACUGCAACAACAACUCAGCCACCAACAACUACUACUACGACCACAACCCCUACCACUACAACUGAAACAACAACUCAGCCACCAACAACAACUACUGCAACCACCACCCCUACCACUACAACUGAAACAACAACUCAGCCACCAACAAGAACUACUGCAACCACCACCCCUACCACUACAACUGAAACAACAACUCAGCCACCAACAACAACUACUGCAACCACCACCCCUACCACUACAACUGAAACAACAACUCAGCCACCAACAAGAACUACUGCAACCACCACACCGACCACUACAACUGAAACAACAACUCAGCCAACUACAACAACUACUGCAACCACCACCCCUACCACUACAACUGAAACAACAACUCAGCCACCAACAACUACUACUACGACCACCACCCCGACCUCUACAACUGAAACAACAACUCGGCCAAUUACAACUACUUCAACCACCACAGAAACAACUACCACCACCAGGGCACCUACAGCUGGACCAUGCCCUGGGGGACAUGAUAUGAAAUGUGUUUGGUCAAAUUGGAUCAAUCUUGGUGAGCCCACACCAGGCCCUAGUGGUGGGGAUGAUGAAUCCAUCCAGAAAGUAAUCUCUGCUGGUUAUCACAUUUGCUCAGCUCCAGAAGAAGUCCAGUGCAGAGCCAUCAUUUACCCCCAUCUUGCCAUCUCCAAUGUGGGACAAGCUGUGACUUGCAAUAAGAAUGUGGGUCUUAUAUGCAACAACAAACAACAAGGACUUCAGAAAGAGUGUUUUGAUUAUGAGAUUAAAUUCAAAUGUUGUGUGUCAACACCUUCUACUGUAAAACCAAGUACUAUACCUGCUACUACUUCAACCGCAACACCUACUACCACAACUGCAACAACAACUCAGCCACCAACAACUACUACUACGACCACAACUACCACUACAACUGAAACAACAACUCAGCCACCAACAAGAACUACUGCAACCACCACCCCUACUACGACAACUGAAACAACAACUCGGCCAAUUACAACUACUUCAACCACCACUGAAACAACUACCACCACCAGGGCACCUACAGCUGGACCAUGCCCUGGGGGACAUGAUAUGAAAUGUGUUUGGUCAAAUUGGAUCAAUCUUGGUGAGCCCACACCAGGCCCUAGUGGUGGGGAUGAUGAAUCCAUCCAGAAAGUAAUCUCUGCUGGUUAUCACAUUUGCUCAGCUCCAGAAGAAGUCCAGUGCAGAGCCAUCAUUUACCCCCAUCUUGCCAUCUCCAAUGUGGGACAAGCUGUGACUUGCAAUAAGAAUGUGGGUCUUAUAUGCAACAACAAACAACAAGGACUUCAGAAAGAGUGUUUUGAUUAUGAGAUUAAAUUCAAAUGUUGUGAGUGUCCAACACCUUCUACUGUAAAACCAAGUACUAUACCUGCUACAACUUCAACCGCAACACCUACUACCACAACUGCAACAACAACUCAGCCACCAACAACUACUACUAUGACCACAACCCCUACCACUACAACUGAAACAACAACUCAGCCACCAACAAGAACUACUGCAACCACCACCCCUACUACGACAACUGAAACAACAACUCUGCCAAUUACAACUACUUCAACCACCACUGAAACAACUACCACCACCAGGGCACCUACAGCUGGACCAUGCCCUGGGGGACAUGAUAUGAAAUGUGUUUGGUCAAAUUGGAUCAAUCUUGGUGAGCCCACACCAGGCCCUAGUGGUGGGGAUGAUGAAUCCAUCCAGAAAGUAAUCUCUGCUGGUUAUCACAUUUGCUCAGCUCCAGAAGAAGUCCAGUGCAGAGCCAUCAUUUACCCCCAUCUUGCCAUCUCCAAUGUGGGACAAGCUGUGACUUGCAAUAAGAAUGUGGGUCUUAUAUGCAACAACAAACAACAAGGACUUCAGAAAGAGUGUUUUGAUUAUGAGAUUAAAUUCAAAUGUUGUGAGUGUCCAAAGCCUUCUACUGUAAAACCAAGUACUAUACCUGCUACUACUUCAACCGCAACACCUACUACCACAACUGCAACAACAACUCAGCCACCAACAACUACUACUACGACCACAACCCCUACCACUACAACUGAAACAACAACUCAGCCACCAACAACAACCACUGCAACCACCACCCCUACCACUACAACUGAAACAACAACUCAGCCACCAACAAGAACUACUGCAACCACCACACCGACCACUACAACUGAAACAACAACUCAGCCACCAACAACUACUACUGCAACCACCACCCCUACCACUACAACUGCAACAACAACUCAGCCACCAACAACAACUACUGCAACCACCACCCCUACCACUACAACUGAAACAACAACUCAGCCACCAACAACUACUACUACAACCACCACCCCGACCUCUUCAACUGAAACAACAACUCGGCCAAUUACAACUACUUCAACCACCACAGAAACAACUACCACCACCAGGGCACCUACAGCUGGACCAUGCCCUGGGGGACAUGAUAUGAAAUGUGUUUGGUCAAAUUGGAUCAAUCUUGGUGAGCCCACACCAGGCCCUAGUGGUGGGGAUGAUGAAUCCAUCCAGAAAGUAAUCUCUGCUGGUUAUCACAUUUGCUCAGCUCCAGAAGAAGUCCAGUGCAGAGCCAUCAUUUACCCCCAUCUUGCCAUCUCCAAUGUGGGACAAGCUGUGACUUGCAAUAAGAAUGUGGGUCUUAUAUGCAACAACAAACAACAAGGACUUCAGAAAGAGUGUUUUGAUUAUGAGAUUAAAUUCAAAUGUUGUGAGUGUCCAACACCUUCUACUGUAAAACCAAGUACUAUACCUGCUACUACUUCAACCGCAACACCUACUACCACAACUGCAACAACAACUCAGCCACCAACAACUACUACUACGACCACAACCCCUACCACUACAACUGAAACAACAACUCACACUCCCCUGACACACCCUACUACGACAACUGAAACAACAACUCGGCCAAUUACAACUACUUCAACCACCACAGAAACAACUACCACCACCAGGGCACCUACAGCUGGACCAUGCCCUGGGGGACAUGAUAUGAAAUGUGUUUGGUCAAAUUGGAUCAAUCUUGGUGAGCCCACACCAGGCCCUAGUGGUGGGGAUGAUGAAUCCAUCCAGAAAGUAAUCUCUGCUGGUUAUCACAUUUGCUCAGCUCCAGAAGAAGUCCAGUGCAGAGCCAUUAUUUACCCCCAUCUUGCCAUCUCCAAUGUGGGACAAGCUGUGACUUGCAAUAAGAAUGUGGGUCUUAUAUGCAACAACAAACAACAAGGACUUCAGCAAGAGUGUUUUGAUUAUGAGAUUAAAUUCAAAUGUUGUGAGUGUCCAACACCUUCUACUGUAAAACCAAGUACUAUACCUGCUACUACUUCAACCGCAACACCUACUACCACAACUGCAACAACAACUCAGCCACCAACAACUACUACUACGACCACCACCCCUACUCCUACAACUGAAACAACAACUCGGCCACCAACAACUACUACUACGACCACCACUGAAACAACUACCACCACCAGGGCACCUACAGCUGGACCAUGCCCUGGGGGACAUGAUAUGAAAUGUGUUUGGUCAAAUUGGAUCAAUCUUGGUGAGCCCACACCAGGCCCUAGUGGUGGGGAUGAUGAAUCCAUCCAGAAAGUAAUCUCUGCUGGUUAUCACAUUUGCUCAGCUCCAGAAGAAGUCCAGUGCAGAGCCAUUAUUUACCCCCAUCUUGCCAUCUCCAAUGUGGGACAAGCUGUGACUUGCAAUAAGAAUGUGGGUCUUAUAUGCAACAACAAACAACAAGGACUUCAGCAAGAGUGUUUUGAUUAUGAGAUUAAAUUCAAAUGUUGUGAGUGUCCAACACCUUCUACUGUAAAACCAAGUACUAUACCUGCUACUACUUCAACCGCAACACCUACUACCACAACUGCAACAACAACUCAGCCACCAACAACUACUACUACGACCACCACCCCUACUACUACAACUGAAACAACAACUCGGCCAAUUACAACAACUACUUCAACCUCCACUGAAACAACUACCACCACCAGGGCACCUACAGCUGGACCAUGCCCUGGGGGACAUGAUAUGAAAUGUGUUUGGUCAAAUUGGAUCAAUCUUGGUGAGCCCACACCAGGCCCUAGUGGUGGGGAUGAUGAAUCCAUCCAGAAAGUAAUCUCUGCUGGUUAUCACAUUUGCUCAGCUCCAGAAGAAGUCCAGUGCAGAGCCAUUAUUUACCCCCAUCUUGCCAUCUCCAAUGUGGGACAAGCUGUGACUUGCAAUAAGAAUGUGGGUCUUAUAUGCAACAACAAACAACAAGGACUUCAGCAAGAGUGUUUUGAUUAUGAGAUUAAAUUCAAAUGUUGUGAGUGUCCAACACCUUCUACUGUAAAACCAAGUACUAUACCUGCUACUACUUCAACCGCAACACCUACUACCACAACUGCAACAACAACUCAGCCACCAACAACUACUACUACGACCACAACCCCUACCACUACAACUGAAACAACAACUCAGCCAACAACAACACAACAACUCGCCAAUUACAACUACUUCAACCACCACAGAAACAACUACCACCACCAGGGCACCUACAGCUGGACCAUGCCCUGGGGACAUGAUAUGAAAUGUGUUUGGUCAAAUUGGAUCAAUCUUGGUGAGCCCACACCAGGCCCUAGUGGUGGGGAUGAUGAAUCCAUCCAGAAAGUAAUCUCUGCUGGUUAUCACAUUUGCUCAGCUCCAGAAGAAGUCCAGUGCAGAGCCAUUAUUUACCCCCAUCUUGCCAUCUCCAAUGUGGGACAAGCUGUGACUUGCAAUAAGAAUUACUAUACCUGCUACUACUUCAACCGCAACACCUACUACCACAACUGCAACAACAACUCAGCCACCAACAACUACUACUACGACCACCCACUAGAAACAACUACCACCACCAGGCCACCAACAACUACUACUACGACCACCACCCCUACUCCUACAACUGAAACAACAACUCGGCCACCAACAACUACUACUACGACCACCACUGAAACAACUACCACCACCAGGGCACCUACAGCUGGACCAUGCCCUGGGGGACAUGAUAUGAAAUGUGUUUGGUCAAAUUGGAUCAAUCUUGCUCCAGAAGAAGUCCAGUGCAGAGCCAUUAUUUACCCCAUCUUGCCAUCUCCAGUGGGACAAGCUGUGACUUGCAAUAAGAAUGUGGGUUUUAUAUGCAACAACAAACAACAAGGACUUCAGCAAGAGUGUUUUGAUUAUGAGAUUAAAUUCAAAUGUUGUGAGUGUCCAACACCUUCUACUGUAAAACCAAGUACUAUACCUGCUACUACUUCAACCGCAACACCUACUACCACAACUGCAACAACAACUCAGCCACCAACAACUACUACUACGACCACCACUGAAACAACUACCACCACCAGGGCACCUACAGCUGGACCAUGCCCUGGGGGACAUGAUAUGAAAUGUGUUUGGUCAAAUUGGAUCAAUCUUGGUGAGCCCACACCAGGCCCUAGUGGUGGGGAUGAUGAAUCCAUCCAGAAAGUAAUCUCUGCUGGUUAUCACAUUUGCUCAGCUCCAGAAGAAGUCCAGUGCAGAGCCAUUAUUUACCCCCAUCUUGCCAUCUCCAAUGUGGGACAAGCUGUGACUUGCAAUAAGAAUGUGGGUCUUAUAUGCAACAACAAACAACAAGGACUUCAGCAAGAGUGUUUUGAUUAUGAGAUUAAAUUCAAAUGUUGUGAGUGUCCAACACCUUCUACUGUAAAACCAAGUACUAUACCUGCUACUACUUCAACCGCAACACCUACUACCACAACUGCAACAACAACUCAGCCACCAACAACUACUACUACGACCACCACCCCUACUCCUACAACUGAAACAACAACUCGGCCAAUUACAACAACUACUUCAACCACCACUGAAACAACUACCACCACCAGGGCACCUACAGCUGGACCAUGCCCUGGGGGACAUGAUAUGAAAUGUGUUUGGUCAAAUUGGAUCAAUCUUGGUGAGCCCACACCAGGCCCUAGUGGUGGGGAUGAUGAAUCCAUCCAGAAAGUAAUCUCUGCUGGUUAUCACAUUUGCUCAGCUCCAGAAGAAGUCCAGUGCAGAGCCAUCAUUUACCCCCAUCUUGCCAUCUCCAAUGUGGGACAAGCUGUGACUUGCAAUAAGAAUGUGGGUCUUAUAUGCAACAACAAACAACAAGGACUUCAGAAAGAGUGUUUUGAUUAUGAGAUUAAAUUCAAAUGUUGUGAGUGUCCAACACCUUCUACUGUAAAACCAAGUACUAUACCUGCUACUACUUCAACCGCAACACCUACUCCCAACUCAACAACAACCACCCUAACACCACCAACCCCUAUACAACCAACUACCACUACAACUGAAACAACAACUCAGCCACCAACAACUACUACUACGACCACCACCCGACCUCUACAACUGAAACAACAACUCGGCCAAUUACAACUACUUCAACCCCACAGAAACAACUACCACCACCAGGGCACCUACAGCUGGACCAUUACUAUACCUGCUACUACUUCAACCACAACACCUACUACCACAACUGCAACAACAACUCAGCCACCAACAACUACUACUACGACCACCACCCCUACUCCUACAACUGAAACAACAACUCGGCCAAUUACAACAACUACUUCAACCUCCACUGAAACAACUACCACCACCAGGCUCCAGAAGAAGUCCAAAUGUGGGUUUAUAUGCAACAACAAACAACAAGGACUUCAGCAAGAGUGUUUUGAUUAUGAGAUUAAAUUCAAAUGUUGUGAGUGUCCAACACCUUCUACUGUAAAACCAAGUACUAUACCUGCUACUACUUCAACCGCAACACCUACUACCACAACUGCAACAACAACUCAGCCACCAACAACUACUACUACGACCAACCCUACUCCUACAACUGAAACAACAACUCGGCCAAUUACAACAACUACUUCAACCACCACUGAAACAACUACCACCACCAGGGCACCUACAGCUGGACCAUGCCCUGGGGGACAUGAUAUGAAAUGUGUUUGGUCAAAUUGGAUCAAUCUUGGUGAGCCCACACCAGGCCCUAGUGGUGGGGAUGAUGAAUCCAUCCAGAAACCACCAACAACUACUACUACGACCACCACCCUCAUCUCACACACUGAAACAACUACCACCACCAGGCACCUACAGCUGACCAUGCCCUGGGGACCUGAUAUGAAAUGUGUUUGGUCAAAUUGGAUCAAUCUUGGUGAGCCCACACCAGGCCCUAGUGGUGGGGAUGAUGAAUCCAUCCAGAAAGUAAUCUCUGCUGGUUAUCACAUUUGCUCAGCUCCAGAAGAAGUCCAGUGCAGAGCCAUUAUUUACCCCCAUCUUGCCAUCUCCAAUGUGGGACAAGCUGUGACUUGCAAUAAGAAUGUGGGUUUUAUAUGCAACAACAAACAACAAGGACUUCAGCAAGAGUGUUUUGAUUAUGAGAUUAAAUUCAAAUGUUGUGAGUGUCCAACACCUUCUACUGUAAAACCAAGUACUAUACCUGCUACUACUUCAACCGCAACACCUACUACCACAACUGCAACAACAACUCAGCCACCAACAACUACUACUACGACCACCACCCCAACUACUACAACUGAAACAACAACUCGGCCAAUUACAACAACUACUUCAACCAACACUGAAACAACUACCACCACCAGGGCACCUACAGCUGGACCAUGCCCUGGGGGACCUGAUAUGAAAUGUGUUUGGUCAAAUUGGAUCAAUCUUGGUGAGCCCACACCAGGCCCUAGUGGUGGGGAUGAUGAAUCCAUCCAGAAAGUAAUCUCUGCUGGUUAUCACAUUUGCUCAGCUCCAGAAGAAGUCCAGUGCAGAGCCAUUAUUUACCCCUAUCUUGCCAUCUCCAAUGUGGGACAAGCUGUGACUUGCAAUAAGAAUGUGGGUCUUAUAUGCAACAACAAACAACAAGGACUUCAGCAAGAGUGUUUUGAUUAUGAGAUUAAAUUCAAAUGUUGUGAGUGUCCAACACCUUCUACUAUAAAACCAACUACUAUACCUGCUACUACUUCAACCGCAACACCUACUACCACAACUGCAACAACAACUCAGCCACCAACAACUACUACUACGACCACCACCCCUACUACUACAACUGAAACAACAACUCGGCCAAUUACAACAACUACUUCAACCUCCACUGAAACAACUACCACCACCAGGGCACCUACAGCUGGACCAUGCCCUGGGGGACAUCAUAUGAAAUGUGUUUGGUCAAAUUGGAUCAAUCUUGGUGAGCCCACACCAGGCCCUAGUGGUGGGGAUGAUGAAUCUAUCCAGAAAGUAAUCUCUGCUGGUUAUCACAUAUGCUCAGCCCCAGAAGAAGUCCAGUGCAGAGCCAUUAUUUACCCCCAUCUUGCCAUCUCCAAUGUGGGACAAGCUGUGACUUGCAAUAAGAAUGUGGGUCUUAUAUGCAACAACAAACAACAAGGACUUCAGCAAGAGUGUUUUGAUUAUGAGAUUAAAUUCAAAUGUUGUGAGUGUCCAACACCUUCUACUGUAAAACCAAGUACUAUACCUGCUACUACUUCAACCGCAACACCUACUACCACAACUGCAACAACAACUCAGCCACCAACAUCUACUACUACGACCACAACCCCAACUACUACAACUGAAACAACAACUCGGCCAAUUACAACAACUACUUCAACCACCACAGAAACAACUACCACCACCAGGGCACCUACAGCUGGACCAUGCCCUGGGGGACAUGAUAUGAAAUGUGUUUGGUCAAAUUGGAUCAAUCUUGGUGAGCCCACACCAGGCCCUAGUGGUGGGGAUGAUGAAUCCAUCCAGAAAGUAAUCUCUGCUGGUUAUCACAUUUGCUCAGCUCCAGAAGAAGUCCAGUGCAGAGCCAUUAUUUACCCCCAUCUUGCCAUCUCCAAUGUGGGACAAGCUGUGACUUGCAAUAAGAAUGUGGGUCUUAUAUGCAACAACAAACAACAAGGACUUCAGCAAGAGUGUUUUGAUUAUGAGAUUAAAUUCAAAUGUUGUGAGUGUCCAACGCCUUCUACUGUAAAACCAAGUACUAUACCUGCUACUACUUCAACCACAACUGCAACAACAACUCAGCCACCAACAACUACUACUACGACCACAACUCCUACUACCACUACUGAAACGACAACAACAACUCAGCCACCAACAACUACUUCAACCACCACAGAAACAACUACCACCACAAUGGCACCUACAACAGGACCUUCUACACAAACACCUACCACAAUUGUGGUGACAGGAAGAACUCAACCAGUUACACUACCAGUUACACUGCCACUGAUUUGCCAUUGCUUUCAUAAUGGUACAAAGUUCAGCAGUGGUUCCAUAGUCUACAAUGAGACAGACCAUGAUGGCCACUGUUACCUGGGGUACUGCGAUGAGAACUGUCAUGUAGUGCAGAAACACUACAAGUGUGCUGCAUCUGGGAGAGAUUGCAAUGACGAAACUCCCCCAAGAGAGAAUGGCGAAACUUGGAAGGGAAAGAACUGUAGUGUAGGAAUAUGUGAUAAUGGCUCUGUGACCUAUAAACACACACAAUGUCCAACUCUGGAGCCUCUAGUAUGUGCAAAUACCUUCCCUGCUAUCGAAGUGAAGAAUGAUGAUGAAUGUUGCUCCCACUACGAAUGCCAAUGUAUAUGCUAUGGUUGGGGAGACCCCCAUUAUGUCACCUUCGAUGGAACAUACUAUGCUUUUCAAGGCAACUGCUCCUACUGGCUGGUGAAAGAGAUCCUGCCUAAAUACAACUUCAGCGUUAUGAUCGAUAACGUCUACUGCAAUUCACUUGAUGACUUGUCCUGUCCUCAAUCCAUCACUGUCUUCUACAAAAGCUUCAAGAUCUUUAUUACACAGAAGGAUAUUAAGGGCAUUUUCACAAACCAGAUUUCUGUGAAUGACAAGCCUGUAAGUCCUGCAUAUCAGAAGGAUGACUUCCGCAUAGUCACCACCGGUAUUGAUACAGUGCUCGUCAUCCCGAAAAUUCAUGCCAAGGUCACCUUCUCAGGGCUCAUAUUCAGCAUCUCCCUGCCCUACAGUGAAUUUGGUGGCAACACUCAGGGACAAUGUGGCACAUGUGACAACAACCGGACAGAUGACUGCAUGUUGCCCAGUGGGAAAAUCGAUCCUUCGUGUCCUCAUAUGGCGCACAAGUGGCACAGUAACAACAGUCACUGUGAACCUCCAGUUCAGCCCCUACCAACACCAACGCCAAAUACCUGUAAUACCACCAUCUGUGAGAUAAUCAAGAGCAGUGUGUUUGAAGCUUGCCACAAGAUCAUCGACUACAGUCCAUUUGUUGAGGGCUGUGAGUUUGAUGUUUGCCACAUGCACAUUCAUCACAUUGGCUGCAGUAGCUUAAAAUCCUACGCUGAAGCCUGUGCCGAUGUUGGACUAUGUAUUGACUGGAGGAAUGCCACGAAAGGACUCUGUGAAUUUAAAUGUCCAAGUCCCAAAGUGUAUAAGGCAUGUGGCCCUCUGGUGGAGCCUACCUGUGAUUCCUGGUACAACAAGAAAUUCAUAGACACUGUCAAUGAGUUCAGUGCCAUGACAGACGGGAAGCUGGAGGGUUGUUACUGCACAAGUGGCAGCUUACUCCUCUCUUCCAACUCACAAGAAUGUGUGCCAGACUGCGAAAUUUGUCGGCUGCCAAACAAAAAAUGGGUGAAGGCCAAUGCAACAUGGAUAGAAGGCUGUGAGGAGUGUAUAUGUGAGGAGGACUCCAAGCAGGUCACCUGCCGAAAUGUGUCCUGUCCAACGCAGCCACCACUCACCUGUGACCAAGAAGGUCAGGUCAAGGUCACUGACACUACCGGCUGCUGUCAGAAGGAGAAAUGUGAGUGUGAUGUGAGGCACUGCCCUGAUUCUGUGCCGCCCUGUCCUGCUGGUCACACUCUAAAAACCGUUAAGGGAGUCUGCUGUGUCAAAUACUCCUGCGAGCUUAAACCAAAUGUGUGUGUUGUCAACAACCAAGAAUAUGAGGUUGGAGAACCAGUGCUCAUGAACCCAUGUGAUAACUGCACCUGUAGUGAUCAGAUAGACACCAGCAGCCGUCUGCACUCGAUAAAAUGUCAGCCUCUACCAUGUGACAAACACUGCCCUCUGGGUUAUGACUACCAGAGCGUCCCUGGUCGGUGCUGUGGAAAGUGUGUCCAAACAGGCUGCUUUGUGACGCUGUCGAACAAUGAAACACACACCUUAAAGCCUGGAACCACUUGGAUCCCCACUGGGAACCCCUGUGUGAAGUUUGAGUGUGUAAAGAUCGGUAAUCAGUUCAUCACCGUUGAGGCCAGGACUGUGUGUCCUUCCUACGACCCCAAUGAAUGCAUACCGGGAACAGAGACCAUAGCUCCAAAUGGAUGCUGUCAUGUCUGUGUGAAGAAGGUUCGUCCAUGCAACGUGUCCACCACUGCUGUGCAGCUGGAGAGCAAGGGCUGUCAGUCCAAACACCUGGUGAAUGUCACAUCGUGCAGUGGAGCGUGUGGUACCUUCAGCUUCUACUCCACCAAAAUGAGAUCCUUGCAACACAUGUGUUCCUGCUGCCAGGAGUUGGCCACGUCUGAGAGGCAGGUCCAGCUCUUCUGCCGUGACAACACUGAGAUCACCUACACCUACAUCCACAUUGACACCUGUGGGUGCCUCAAGACGGAAUGCUCUGUGCUUGGCCGCAGUGAAAUGGCGAACACUCCCUCCAGCACCAGGUCCCGUCGACGCAGGAGAUGAGGCAAAUAUGAGGACUCAGCCCCUCGUAGUGCUCAUGAAUACGUAGGAGCGUGAAUGAACAAUCAGCUUUAUUUGCAUACCUGAUUCCUCUAUUUAUGUUUUAUGCAUUAGCAUACUAAGCUUAUGUUUGACAAAAUUGUAAACUUACACAAUUUUCAUUAAUAAAGAUCAUACUGUAGCUGCAGGCUAAUCAAAUCUGUUUCUGCCCUGGUUUCCUACUGAAUGUACAGUGUGUGUGAGUCUGUACAUGUGAGUAUGUAACUAUUUAAAUUUCACUAUUAGUCAUGCAUUUCCUCUCAGGCUGUGUAACAACUAGCUA